CUUGGAGAAGCAUCAGCUGAGAGGAGCUAUCACAUGGGAGCCGGGAGCUGCUCAGCAAAGAUACCUUUAUGAGGAAACGAGCCCAGAAGAGUCGCAGAGUUAGUAAUGCCUAGACCUGGAACCGGAAGCCUAACCUUAUGCUCCUUCUACUCCCCAUUUGGAGGAGAUCAGAAAUUCGGAAAUUCGCAUAAGCAACCCUAAAACUGGGGCACUGUCCCAGAACUCAGCAGGACCCGGGAAAGGGAGAUAGAGGAUUCAGAAUCUCUGGAUAACAGCUCUUAAAAGGGGAGAAGGGUAUGGAGAAUGGAGGAAGGAGAGUGGAAAAGGAAGAACCAGCAGCCAUUCAGGAGGGGGAGCGCUGUUGAGUGGUCAAGGCUCCAUCUCUCAUGUCUCCUGCUUCCCAGUCACCAAGGCCAACCUGGGAGCCACCUCCUGCCAGAACAGGGAUAGGAGUUCCUAAGACUGCAACUGCCUGGCCUGGUGCUCUGGCCACAGAGCAGUCCAACUUCAAAGGCUGGUGAUUAAGAGGCUCCAGCAGGAGCUCCACCUACCCACAAUAUUGGAAAGCCUGGGUCUGGGCUCAUCAUCCCAGGGUCGUGGACUAGAAUGGGGGAUGGGCCUGUGACAGAAGGUGCCCUGGGUGUCCUCUUUCGGCCCCAUGGAGUCCUCGCCCAUCCCUCAGUCAUCAGGGAACUCUUCCACUUUGGGGAGGGUCCUUCAAACUCCAGGUCCCUCUACUGCCAGUGGGGUUCCAGAGGUGGGGCUGAGGGAUAUAGCUUCAGAAUCUGUGGCCCUGUUCUUCAUGCUCCUGCUGGACUUGACUGCCGUGGCUGGCAAUGCUGCUGUGAUGGCCGUUAUCGCCAAGACACCUGCCCUCCGAAAAUUUGUAUUUGUCUUUCAUCUCUGCCUGGUGGAUCUGCUGGCUGCCCUGACCCUCAUGCCACUGGCCAUGCUCUCCAGUUCUGCCCUUUUUGACCAUGCCCUCUUUGGGGAGGUGGCCUGCCGCCUCUACUUGUUCCUGAGUGUAUGCUUUGUCAGCCUGGCCAUCCUCUCCGUAUCUGCCAUCAAUGUAGAGCGCUACUAUUACGUAGUCCACCCCAUGCGCUAUGAAGUGCGCAUGACACUGGGGCUUGUGGCCUCAGUGUUGGUGGGUGUGUGGGUGAAGGCCCUGGCCAUGGCAUCUGUACCAGUGUUGGGAAGGGUCUCCUGGGAAGAAGGAGGUCCCAAUGUAGCCCCAGGCUGUUCACUUCAAUGGAGCCACAGUGCCUACUGCCAGCUUUUUGUGGUGGUCUUUGCUGUCCUUUACUUCUUGUUGCCUCUGCUCCUCAUCCUUGUGGUCUACUGCAGCAUGUUCCGAGUGGCCCGUGUAGCUGCGAUGCAACACGGGCCACUGCCCACGUGGAUGGAGACACCCCGGCAACGCUCAGAGUCUCUCAGCAGCCGUUCCACUAUGGUCACCAGCUCGGGGGCACCCCAGACCACUCCACACCGGACGUUUGGGGGAGGGAAGGCAGCAGUGGUCCUCCUGGCUGUCGGGGGUCAGUUCCUGCUCUGUUGGUUGCCCUACUUCUCUUUCCACCUCUACGUUGCCCUGAGCGCUCAGCCUAUUUCAACAGGGCAGGUGGAGAGUGUGGUGACCUGGAUCGGCUACUUUUGCUUCACUUCCAACCCUUUCUUCUAUGGAUGUCUCAACCGGCAGAUCCGGGGGGAACUCAGCAAGCAGUUUGUGUGCUUCUUCAAGCCAGCUCCAGAGGAAGAGUUGAGGCUGCCUAGCCGGGAGGGCUCCAUUGAGGAGAACUUCCUGCAGUUCCUUCAGGGGACUGGCUGUCCAUCUGAGAACUGGGUUUCCCGACCCCUACCCAGUCCUAAGCAGGAGCCACCUGCUGUUGACUUUCGAAUCCCAGGCCAGAUAGCUGAGGAGACCUCUGAGUUCCUGGAGCAGCAACUCACUAGUGACAUCAUCAUGUCGGACAACUACCUCCGCCCUGCCCCCUCACCCCGGCUGGAGUCAUGAUGGGCCACUGGACACUUGGAGGGAGAUGGGGCUGGAGGCCAGCUAUGAUUGCAAGGACUGCCUUGUGGGACCACCUUUUUCCCAGCUAGGGCUAGAACCGGGGUCUCCGCACACAGCUUCUGCUUAGCGUUUCCUGGGUCAGGACCAGAGCCAACAGGAGGGAUAUGUGGCAAAAGUCUUGGACUUGGCUGUGAUCUUUGACUACUGGGGGAGGGAACCUGGGUAUGGUGAGACGAUGAUGAGAGAAAAGGGUCACAAAGGACUGGCCUCCCUGAUCUCUCUCCUCAUGGCAGUGACCCACCUCCAGCCCCCUGGACAAUCGGGUACAAGAGACUAAGGUUGGGCAUGGGAAGGGUGGGGUUUCCAUGAUCCAUUAAAUGCCUCCUUACUCUCAUUCAUCGCUCUCAAAAUUAGCUUCAGUGACAAAGACUUAAAUCUCUUUCCUAUUUGCAGCCCUGGGUUGAAGAGAGGGCACAUGAGUUGGGCUCAGUUGCUUACUGAUCGAGACUGUAGGAACUGUGUUGAUUGGCUUUGGUGGUGGUAUUUUCAACCGAGAGGGAAUAAUUGCAAACUGGACAGGAAUCUGGGACCACCUGUCCAUCUCACUUCCCUCAGUUGAAUCAGGUAACACUAAAGGGUCAUGGCAGGGCUCAAAGGUGGUGUGGUCUAUAUUUGAACAAAUUCUUGUCUUACUGAGCAUCACAGGGAGAAAAUGUGUUGGUGGGAGUGGGGCUGUUUCCCCUUUGAACAGCCAAUAAAUAAUUUUUAUGAUAAAAAUUAUACUGAUACCAACAUUGACUCCUUCAGUUCAAUUUAGUACAUAAUAGUUUAACACCCAUGAUGCACUGGGACCCACACAGAGAAUGUGUGGGUCACUGCCUUCAAGGAGUUCAUAAUUAGAUACUUUGUAUCUUUAUAAAGCAUUUGAAUCUGAUAAAGCAUUAUAAAAUAUGCCUGAGAAAUAUAUUAGAGAAUAUAUCCACAGUUCUAACAUCUGAGAGUUCAUUGCAAUGAUAUAUAGAGGUUUCCUGCAGAUUGUGGGAAGUGUGGGGGUUGUAAAUGAAAUGAAGCUGGGCAAACAUAGAUUUUCCCCUUUUGAACUAGGAAAAUUUGCAGGUUCCAGUCUUCCUACUACUAGACUAUCAUUCUAGUCCAGUGUGUAUUACACUGAGGAAAUCCCUUAGGAAAAAAAUGUAUAUACAGCAAAGGUGUGUCCUUUGUGAUUCAAAACCUGUUUACCUCUCUACUUCCUUUUAAGAUAAAGUCAUAGGAGGAAUCUCCUUCCUAGAUAGGGUAAAAACUUUCAAUCACUAAUCAUCUAGUAGACCUGAGGUAUUGCCAGCAGAUGGCAGUGUGACUCCAGUGGAAAUAGGACAGGUAUAUGUGGCAGGGGUGGGAGGAAAAGGGAAGGCAUUAAAUAUUGCUUGGCAGCCAUUUUGUUAAUUUAUUUUGCCUUUUCUUUUGAUAUAUCCAAGAACAAAGUUUUAAGUGCAAGGAUAUCUCUAAUUCAGGCUGAAAUUACCCGACACUGUGAAUUCACUGACAUUUACUACAGAGUUUGACAUAGAUUCAUUUGCAAUUUGUUUUUCCCUCUAGGAAUGGAUCAUGAAGGAAAUUAAGAGUUUUUCUUUUAUUAUGAUGAGAACGUUCCCAACAUUUUCUGCUAUGACCACCUUCCAGGAGUUUUCUAGUCACCAGGAUGGCUUGGUAAAGUUCAGUAUGUAAUCCUUAGCUCUGAAAGCUGUUCCUGGGUAAAACCUGACCUCCCUAAGACAGAAGAAUCAGCAGGCUGAGGCAACCAUUCUGCCAAUUACUUUUUCUGGUGGUACCAGGGUGACUUCCAAUACUAAAUGAAAACCUUAGACCUUUUGUUAUCUGGUGUCCCCAGAGCAAUAUCUUUUAGAUAUCGUCUAGAAAAGGGGAGAAUUUGUAGUCAGACAGACCUGCUUACUCACUGUUUGAACCUGGAAAAGCUGCUUAAUUUCUCUGAGCCUAUUUCCUCAUCUGUAAAAAUGGGGAUCAUUAUAACCUACCUCACAGGGUUGUUGUGAGGAUUAAGAGAUGAGACAUGGAAGCGACUAGCCAUAAUUGGUAAAUAGGUACUCAAUAAAUAUUGGUUUUUCUUCCCUUUCCUCUGGCCCUUUUUCCCCAGAAGUGUUGAUAAUGGAAGAGUAUCAUAGAGAGCUCCUUUCAUUCUAACAUCAUUUAGAAGUAACUAGGGACUUAAAACUUUUAAGAAUUGGCAUAAGAGUUAUGAUGCAUGAGGCUGUUUGAGGUGGUUCUAAUUUUCUAAUUAAAUACUUCUAAUUCAUGAAUCAUCAUUAUAUAGACCUUUCUGUUGGGACCUUGUAUUCUUUUAGAUUCUUUAUGGUAAUAAAGUAAUUUUUAAUCACAGGGAAAGGUUUUAGGGGCUGCAAAGAAGUCCCUCUUCAUAGAAUGUACCAUGAGAGUAACUUCGGGCUGUUCGGCAGUAAAGCUAAUUUAGAACUGGCUUCACAGUAGUUCCCAAGGUAUCAGUAUGGGGCUUUCACAGAUUUAUUUUUAGGUGAUAAUAGAGUCGACAGCCAAUUUUUACUAGACCUUCCCUUUUACUGUGGUUAUCACAACAGGAAAUUUUAAGAGAAUGCACUGGUUUGUUUCCAGGUGGGGCUGACGUUCAUUUAUUUUGUUAGACGUUCUAAGCCCCUAACAUAGGAGAGUUAUGUUGGAGAAAUGGGCAGCAUGUUAACUUUAUGGACGCAAUACACACCUUUCAAAUGGCCUUUUGUAAAGGCCACAAGUCAAUUCGGAUGUAGUGUCAUAUGGACUAGGAUAUAUUUUGGAGCAGGAGGCAGUGGGCCAGAAGAGAAGGAUAGUUUUAGGCAGGACUGGUGUUACAGAUCUCUGAUGUCAGUCAUGGCCGGAGCUCAGGCUGGGCGUUUGUUGUCACUCCACAGAUCAGACUGACGCAACUUAGGCAGAAAAAUGUCAUAUACUUGGGCAAGGGCUCUGGGUCGCUACAGCAGAACCACAAAUCAAAGGGGUUUUAUGCCCAAAGAAUUUCCCAGUAGAAAUUCCAGUGUUGGCUGAGGGUUCUUAUUAGGGAAUCCCAACCCCCACCGCACAAACCCGCUCUGUGACCUCAGAAGAGCACACGAACAGGGGACCCCAGUUUUUAUACAUUUACCCAAAAGGUAAGGGGGGAAUUAACGUUGGGCGGUGCGC